UUAGAGGUUUAAAUCAGUGCAGAGCGCUUUAACGAAUGAUUCUCGAGUGUAAUGUGAUGUAUCUAACAGCGUUCAGACAAACUCGAGUCACUGAAAAGACUCGCUCGUUCCCUUUAUUGUGAAGCGGUUCAUCAUAAACACUGUUUAUAUUCAUUUUGGCGAAUGUCUGUCAGUUUGGUCAAAUGUUGUUUAAGUGCUGGACUCACAGUGUUUUAUAACUCGACAGAGUUAUAAAACACUCACACUGAGUUGUAUAUUAAAUCUACAAACCAAUACAUACAAAUAUUCAAUAUUACGUCUUGUAUUCAAAUAUUACGCCUGUGUUCUUCCGUCAUUAACAUUAUUCUGUCUGUUAAUUAUUCUCGUUUUAACAUGCAGACAAACUCCUGUAACACACUGUUAUAUAAAGAUGGCGUUUAUUAAGGAGGAGAGUGAAGACGUAAAGAUUGAGGAAGAUUUCAGAGUCAAACAAGAAGAUCCUGAGAAACAGACAGUUCAGCUUGCUGGAUUUGUGAAAGAACCAACAUUGACAAACCUGACGCCGCUGAAAGAGGAGAGUCAAGAACUGAAUAAAAUGGAACAGAAAAAUGAGAAAAGCUACGACUUCAUGACUGAGGAAGAAUCAUUUAGUUUCUCACAGCCUCAUAAAACAGAAACUAGGAAUACUGAAGUCCACACUGAAGAGAGUCAUUUUAGCUGCCAACACUGUGGAAAGAGUUUUAGUAGAAAACAAAGCCUGAAAAUCCACUUAAAAAUCCACACUGGAGAGAAGCUGUUCAUAUGCCCUCAGUGUGGAAAGAGUUUUACAAUGAAAAAAACACUUAGUGCCCACAUGAGAGUUCACACUGGAGAGAAGCCUUACUCCUGCGAACUGUGUGAGAAGGGUUUCUCACGGAAAGAAAGUCUUAACAUACACAUGAGAAUUCACACCGGAGAGAAACCUUAUCCCUGCCAACACUGUGGGAAGAGCUUCUCAGUAAAAGGAAAUCUAAAAAUUCACCUGAGAGUUCACACCGGAGAGAAGCCCUUCAUCUGCUCUCAGUGUGGAAAGAGCUUCUCUGUAAACAGACACCUUGAAGUCCACAUGCGAGAUCACACCGGAGAGAGACUGUUCAUCUGCUCUCAGUGUGCAAAGAGUUUUAAACAGAAAAAAGAACUUGAAGCCCACAUAAAAAUUCACACUGGAGAGAAGCCUUACUCCUGCAAACUGUGUGGGAAGAGCUACAAAAUCAAAGCGAUCCUUAACAUUCACAUGAGAGUUCACACUGGAGAGAAGCCGUUUGCUUGCGAUCGGUGUGGAAAGAGCUUCAGGUACAAAGAAAGCCUUAAUCAUCACAUGAGGAUUCACUCUGGAGAGGACUGUUUCACAUGCCACCAGUGUGAAACGAGUUUCCCAGACAGAAAUCACCUCGAGAAUCAUGUAAAACUCCACACCGGAGUGAAGCUUUUCAUGUGUCCUCACUGUGGAAAGAGUUUCAAACAAAGAGUGAACUUUAUGAAUCACUUGAGAAUUCACUCUGGAGAGAAACCUUUCUCCUGCCAAGAGUGUGGAAGGAGCUUCGCGGUCAAAGGAGGUCUUGAGUAUCACAUGAAACUUCACUCUGGAGAGAAGCCCUUCACCUGCCCUCAGUGUGGAAAGAGCUUCACAAAUAGAGGAAACCUUAAGACUCACAUUAGGGUUCACACUGGAGAGAAGCCUUACAAGUGUCCUCAGUGUGACACCAGCUUCUCGUAUCACACAGAACUGAAACGGCAUUUGCGAACUCAUUCUGGAGAGAAAUUGCUGUUUUCCUCAGGGUGACAAGGUUCAGGUAAACGAGCAAAUUCAACAGUCAUUGUCUUUCUCAAGAGUAAAUUCAGUUAAAAUUGUGAUUAGUGUAAUAAAAACAUCAAACAAAUGGAAAGUCA